CUAAAAAACGUGGCGGAUUCACUCUGCAGCAACAGGCACAACGUCGACUUGGAUUUCCGCAACUUUUAACUCACAACUAGUGCCUUACUGAAUAAAUCUAGCCGAGCUGAUAUCCCACGUUGAUGAUGAACUCAUUUCCUAGACGGGGCAAUGCUCGGGUCAAAUUCAUUGUACUGUUGGCGUGCUGUGCGAUUGUGUUCCUCUUGUUCAUCUGCCUGGAACCUCGUGACUUGUUUGAAGCUCAUUUCCAGUUAACAAAGCCGCCUCUCAUUACAUCCAUGGAGCAAUAUGAGCGAAUUCUCGUUGGCAGAACAGAACAAUUGGAACAGGUUUGCCAACGUAUAAACGAACCAGGAUACAAAGAUCUACAAUCCAACCCCAUGGAUGCCAUCCAAUACCAUGUGGUUGGGUUCACGUCGCUAAAAUGGCUUUGGUGUCCAACAUUCGUGGGAUUGGCCGAAUCUAAUUGGGUUCACAACUUCAUGGUUCUCAUGGGUCUGUCUCCAACUGAUAUCGAGGAUGCGGAUAGUAUCUAUGGCACUGCGAACCCUGUCACUCUGGUGCGACUUUGGGCGCCGGAAUUAACCAAAAAAAGUUUCGCCCUCACCCGACAAGAUCCAGAUUGGAAAUCGAUCUUGUUCGUGCAGCACCCAAUUCACCGAUUGGUGGCCUUUUAUCAGAACAAUCUUGAGGAGUAUCACGACGAUUCUUAUUACAACUUGGGCAUCCAUAUCGUGGAGACUUAUCGAGAUCAGGCCAAACUACGAUUCCAAGAUUUCGUCCAGACUGUGGACGAUUUUAAGACACCCAUCGAGCUUCCUCACUUCUGGGAAUAUAUCCAAUUUGUGUUGGAUCGGGGAGCGUCUGGACCUUAUAAUCUUCCUCAUCUUAUCCGGCCCAUCUAUCGUCUGUGCGAUGUUUGUCCCGGGAACUACCAAUACAUAGUCAAAACCGAGAGCAUUGCACAAGAAGACCCGUUCCUGUUCCAAAAGUUGGGCUUCCCUUCUGACUUUCAAGGGCACACAACGAACAAAGGAUACAAGUAUGAAAAAUUGAUGAAAGAUGCGCCGAAAUAUUUGGAAAAAAUCUCGUUGGAGGAUCAGAAACGGCUUCAUGAAAUGUAUCGACUGGAUUUUGAGCUCUUUGGCUAUCAUAUGAAAUAUUGACAUAUACGCACAAUACCAACUCAUUAUUGAGCUCGAUCGUGGUACUUAGCACCACAGUCAUAUAAAGGGUUGUCUGGAUACUUCGGGGCAAGAACGGCAAGCAAGAACGGCUAAAUAUGGACACCAAACAAAAUUUGACAAUAUAGCGCUCGUUUUAUAUGUGUCUUAGGAUCCUAAACUCUUUUUUCA